UACAAAGUGAAACUGGAAGCGAAACAAAAGGGGGCAGUCACACUCACGCAAGAAGGAGAGGAGAGGAGAGGAGAGGAGGCGAUGGAAACGGAGGAGAGUGGUGAUCGGAGUGGAGUUAAGGAGAUCCAGACCCACUGGUGGUGGGUCUUGGCAAGCACGGUACAAUUAGGAUGGGGCAUAUCAUCUUACAGAAAAGGCUACAGCGGCGACUCUCGCCUCAUGCCCGUUAAGGCGUUCGGUAUUGCCGCCUUGUUUGUCGGUUCUGCUGCCUCCGCCUCCGUCGCUUCUCUUCAAGCUUCUGGAAUUCACAAGGUAGAAGACCUAAUGGAGGUGGGUUCCAAUAUAAGAAAAAAACUUGGCAUCGCAUCUCGAACAAGUGCCAAGUAAGUUGAAUAAUUUAUAUUUCAGUUGAAAUUAUAAUACAUUUUUCGUGUCAGACUCUUGAUGAGGAAGAAGACAGAUGACCUGUUAGAAGCAAGAGAAUAUAGUUUGUGGCUAUGGGAUAAUUGGUUGUUCAGUGAAAUUUGAAUUACUACUUAUCUUUGAGCAGUAAUGUUGAUUACCAUGGUAUCGAAUGAAUAUGAAUAACUAUGUUGAUAACUAAUUUAUUACAUUUUCUAGUAGAACUUAGUCUGUUGUACAAGAAAAUUAUUGACACAACCUACAAAUACGGAUACAAGCAUUGAUGGGUCAUUCAAAAUCAGAAUGACAUGUCAACGUUAUAUUUGUAUAUUUAUACUCUCUGUCUGUAUUAUUAAAAAUGUAAUAGAGAAAGAACAAAGUCUUGAGCAUUUCUAAUUGCCCAAGCAUUCCAUUUAA